UUGAAAGCUGAUCUUCCGGUUUUACGUUUCUUCGGUGAUUGUUCUAUCGGUCCGUCGUGAAGCAUUCUUCACUUUGUCGAGCGUGAGUGAGGGCUUUUCUGAUCAAGCGUUUUUCGGUCGUAGACUUCGGUGUGUAGACUUUCUUCGGUGUACCAAAUAUUAAAUGCGUAACGUGAUGGUCUCCUUCGGUACGCUACUCUUUUCUUUGACGUUGAUACUUGGCGUCAGCAUUAUGGGCAAGUUUUUAUUUCUUCAUCGUGUGUGCGGCUUUUCCUUGCGGACUUGACGGAGGCUUUUGUAACAUAUUACGCAGGAACUUCUUUGGAAGCAACGGAAGAGAUACUUUUCGAUACGAAGGGCAUUCCUACUAUGUCGGUUGGACGCUGGAAUUUCACUGAGCGCGGCCAGAAGUAUCCAUGUCUCAUGGCUCAGUUCGCUCUGACGAUCACUGUACCUUACAACAAUACAAAUGGUGACGUUUCAAUCGCGGUCAUCAAGGUCCCUCCAACAGCGAAUGUGUCUGCGGACAGCACUUGCGGCAAACUGGUGCUCUCCUGGCCAAUGAUGAAUGCCAGUACCAGCAGUACACCACUGUUCCGAACCCCGGAUCAAGUCGAGAUCGCCUUCAACAACACGUUUCGAGUGGACGCCAAGACCAACAACACCACUCCCAUUUUCCAGCUUGCCAACAUCUCCGCCGUGUUCGUCUACGAUCAGGCUAAUGAGUCGAAGGGAGAAUUCAGUCCAGCUACUCAUUGCUCUGAAGAUCGCCGUCAGUCUUUAGAGACGAGGAUGGUCCCGAUUGUAGUUGCAAGUGCCCUGGGCACACUCGUCCUGGUAGUGAUCAUUGCUUUCCUCAUCGGACGUAGACAUUCUCGUCGUGAUUACGGAACUGUUUCGAACUAGCGAAAGUUAAUUGAAAAGGCGUUUCCUCAUGUACUACACCGAAUUUUAAUGCGUGAUGAUGCUGUGAUGUUCCUUGUUUUGUGGGUCGAUCGGGCAGCUUGCGUUGAGCAAACUGUUCGCGGGUUGAAAUAAUUCUGGUUUGUACGUGCGUGUAGAAUAUCAAUAAAUCGAAGGUGUUCUAUGGAA